ACAUGUGCCUUCUGCUGACCGCCAUCCUGCACUUCAUUCACGGCAUGACUGACCCCGUCCUCAUGUCUCUCAGCGCUUCCCAUGUCUCCUCUUUUCGGCGGCAUUUCCCCGUCCUGCUGGUGUCCCUGGCGCUCUUUGUACUCCCCGUGGUGCUCAGCUACGCCCUCUGGCAUCACUACGUCCUCAACACCUGGCUCUUUGCCGUCACCGCCUUCUGUGUUGAGCUCUGCCUCAAGGUGGUUGUGUCUUUGACCGUCUACGGCCUCUUCAUGGCUGACGGAUUCUCCAAUGUCCUGUGGGAGAAGCUGGAUGACUACGUCUACUACGUGCGCUCCACGGGCAACAUCAUCGAGUUCCUGUUCGGCGUCAUCAUGUUCGGAAAUGGCGCCUACACCAUGAUGUUCGAGACGGGCAGCAAGAUCCGCGCCUGCAUGAUGUGCCUGCACGCUUACUUUAACAUCUACUUGCAGGCCAAGAACGGCUGGAAAACGUUCAUCAACCGCCGCACUGCCGUCAAGAAGAUCAACUCCCUGCCGGAGGUGCGCGGUGACCAGCUGAGGAACAUCGAGGACGUGUGCAUCUGUUAUCAGGAGUUCGCCACCUCAGCCCGCCUCACGCCCUGCCACCACUACUUCCAUGCACUGUGCCUGAGGAAGUGGCUCUACAUCCAGGACACGUGCCCCAUGUGCCACCAGAGAGUUUACGUUGAGGAGGAGAGUAGAGAUAGAGCCGCCUUUUCCAAUAACAACGGGGGCUACGCUCCGCAGCAGGAUGCCGCCCCUGCGGGCCCACCGGCACCGGGGGAUAAUCAGCGAGGACAGCCGGCUGCAGAGCUGCAGGCCAACGGAGUGGCAGUUGGCGCGCAGGCCGCAGGAGGAGCGGCGGCGCUGGACCACGAUCUGCUGGAGGACAAUGACAGUAUAGAGUAUGACGAAGACGAGUGGGGGACUCAGAACGGCAGCGCGCUGAUAGAAGAAGACUAUAUCAAUGAUGACACAGACUCCACAGAGGACUGACGACAGAAGAGCUAUAGAUAAAUAAAGAUAUAUCUUUAUUAUAUUUAAGUUAUGAAAUGAUAAAA